AUGCUGGGCCCAGUGUUUCGUCAGUGCCAACGACGUGUGGACGCGUUGACCUGGCGCCAAUUUUCGACAACACCAGCUGUCCAGCUCCGACGCGACCCCAAGUCCCAAAUCCGUAUUCCGUCCAAGAAGGCGCUGGCCGCGAAAAUCAAGCGUAGGCAAGCGUUGGCAGCCAAGGAAGAUGAGAAGGCGGAGAAAUUGCCAUUGGAAGAUGCCAUUAAUGUCCUGAGGGCAGUCGAAGUUGCUUCUCCCAACUCCAUCUACGAGUUGACCGUCAGAACCGAAGUUGGAAACGGUCUCGCUGUCCCCAAGGGUCGUGUCAAUCUGCCCCGAGAGGCCAAGAAGUCCAAGGAGGAGAAGAUUGUCGUGUUCGCUGAAGGCAAGAUUGCGGAAGAGGCCAGGAAGGCUGGUGCAGACGUCGUUGGAGGCCCAGAACUUAUGGAAUCGGUGCGUAACUCCAGUUUUGAGUGGUUCCGGGCUGUAAAGCUGACGUUCGCCAUUUGUGACAUUGUCCAGAUUCUGCAAAACCGAAUUCGACCAACGACUGUGCUUUGCACUCCGGCCCUCAUCAAGACCAUUACACCCAAACUCGGCCGUCACUUGGGUCCCCUUGGUCUCAUGCCUUCCGAACGUCGUGGAACCGUUACCGAAGACAUGGCCGGAUAUCUGCAAAAGCUCAAGGGCACGAGCGAAUGGAGAGCCGACAAGGCUGGCACCAUCCGAGUCCCCAUCGCGGUGAUGAAUUUCCCUGUGAGCGACGUCGUCAAAAAUAUCCGACAUUUCAUGAUUUCAGUCAAGAAGGCCACUGGGAACAUGCGCGACGAGAGUGACAGGCAGAGGGUGAAGGGCACGGGUCCUAAGCCUGUUGUACCCAUCAAGAAGGUCAUCCUAAGCUCUAGACAAGGGCCUGGCAUUCGCAUAGCAGAUAUCUAG